AUGUUGAUGAAAGCAUAUGAAAAUAAAAUACGUCCAAUUGAAAUACGACAUUUAUGGAGUUCAUUUAAUUCGUUACCACUUCAAACGGCAGAACUAAAUAGUAAACCAACAUUAUUGUUCAUUGGACAAUAUUCAGCCGGAAAGACAUCAAUGAUAUCUUAUUUAUUGCAUGGAUUAUAUCCUGGUGCGGUUAUUGCACCCGAACCAAGCACCGAUUUCUUCACUCAUAUUACUUAUAGCGAAGAAGUACAAACACUGCCUGGUCCUACAUUGGUUGCAGAUAAAAAUUAUCAAUUUCAGAUUCUCAAUAAAUUUGGCGAUACAUUUUUGAACAAAUUUCGAUGUGUAAAGUUCAAAGCUGAAUUGUUAAAAUAUAUAUCAAUUAUUGAUACUCCUGGAAUAUUAAGUUCUGACAGACAGAUUUCUACACGAGGAUAUGAUCUUGUGGAAGUCACUAAAACAUUAGCGAGUAAAGUUGAUCGUAUUUAUGUGAUUUUUGACGUGAAUAAAAUAGAUAUAAGCCAUGAAUGUGCGAAGAUAAUUGAAAUAUUGGAAGGUUGCAAAGAAAAAAUAAAAUUUAUACUGAAUAAAGCAGAUUCGAUAUCAGAAUACGAGUUGCUACGAGUUAAAACCUCACUUAUUUGGUCACUCGGAGGGAUUAUGAAAUGUCGUGAAGUUCCCGACAUUUUCGUUGGUUCCUUUUGGCCUUAUUUAAUGCGAAAAGGGAGGUCAGAUGAAUUAGUGCAAGAAGAAUUGCUUCAGGAUAUCAAAGAUAUUCCAAAUUCUUUUGAACUAAACAGAAUUAAUGAUGUUGUUAGACGUGUGAAAAAAUUACGAAUACAUACAUAUAUUAUGGAUGAAAUAAUUCGGCAAUAUUUUUUCUUUAAAUAUCGCAAAAAUUUGACAAAAACCGCAACAACUCCAAACGAAUUAAUGCCGAUUUUCGAGAGAAUCUCAAAAAAAUAUCAAAUAACAAAAAAUGAUUUGCCUAAUCCAAAAGAAUUUCACGAAAAAGCUAAACAAACCGAAUCGAUAAACUGGAAUAAGAUCGAUGCAAAGUUGAAUAGAUUAUUAGAAAGUUUCCUCGAUGAAGAUAUAGCUGCAAUCACAGUGAAAGCAUGCCGUGAAACUAGAUUAAAUAUUGAAUAUAAACUUCCGGAAAAAAAACUGAUAACAAUUGAAGUCGACUUGACUGAUUUGAAAAAGAAUAUGGAUAUAAAGGUGCAGCAAGAUAUUAUAUCACCAAUAGCGAUAUCAGCGAUAUGCGAUAAAAAUGAGUCAGUGAAGUCAAAGAACAAAUUUAUAAAUGAAAAACAAUUUAAAAAGGAAUGCAAGGAGGAAAAUAAUAGAGAAAAUGUUAAAAAAGAAGGAGAAGACAAUGAAGGAAAUAAAAAGGAUAUAAAAUCAGCAAUCAGAAAGAAAAUGGCAAUAAUAAAUGAGAAGGAAGAAGAGAAAGAAUAUAAAGGAAGCAAAGGAGAAUCGAAAGAGGAAAGAAAUUCAGAAAAAAUAAAAGAAAAGCGAAUCUGA